AUGGAGCUGAAUCUUUUAUACUCUCUCCGUCGUACAGCCUACGAAAAUAACGCGGCAAUCGGUCUUCAUAAAUACGUCGUCAGGGAUCUCACUAUCAUCGAGUUGAAGAAUCCCAAGCCUUUCCAAGGUCACCCUAAACAAACACAAACACCUAUGACCUCGCCCUUGGCAAAGAGGCCUCGACACACCAACAUCAACAUCAGUCCAGCGCCGACACAUAUGCAGAUCGAUAGCAAUAUCUCUGCCGAUACACUCCACUCGAAUGUCUCAGCUCCGGCCGCACCUCGCGGUCGUGUUCGUGGUCGCGGUCGUGGUCGUGGUCGUGGUCGCCCUCGUGGUCCUCGUCUCUUCUCGUCUGUUCUUCGUCCAAACAGAAUCGGUCAACAACCGAACAUCCAAUCUGUUCCACAGCCGUCAAACACCAGCCGCCCACGCCGAACUACUCAAUCUGGUCAACAGCCAGCCGCAGUACAGUCUGGUCGACAGCCAGCGCGAGCCCCGUCUGGUCAACAGCCAGCUUCAGUACAGUCUGGUCGACAGCCAGCGACAGCUCAGUCUGGUCAACAGCCAGUGUCAGCUGCGGGUCAACAGCCCAAUGGCAUUCGCGGCCAACAGCCAUCUCAAGCUGGUCAACAGCCAGCCGCUGGUCAACAGCCAGUUCCCGUCCUUCCUGCCGUUGCUGUCGUCGUUGAUAACUCCGUUUCCGCCUAG